UUCUCAAUUGUUUUAUUCCACUUUGAAAGAGAAGACUAUGCGUGCGUAGACUUCAAGUCUACAAGAUAGAACGCUGAAUAUUGAUUUUUCUUGCACUUGCUCGCGAAUUCCUCUGAACAGAUUAGAUAAGGAGUUUUUGCUUCGCUCUCGAAACGCAUGACAGUCUUAUUCCAGAUGCUUUGAGGAGAGCUUAUGUGAAAUUCCAUUUAUGUAGUUGAAGCUUUCAUGAUCAAACCAGAAGCAGAUCUUUGUGCAAAACAAUGGACUAAAAAUAAGAUCCGAAGCUUUCUUCCAAGAACUGAAAUGAUCCUUCUAUAUUUCAAUCAUAUGCCUAGAUUAUAUCUUGCUGAGAUUUAUUUGGUUCUUCAUUAGCACCUCUUCUUCGUGAAUUUCCAUAUAGAACUCAGUUUUAUGAAAUUCAUGCAUGUUUUAGUCACCUCUAAGCUUUGUUGGUAUUUUAAACUCAAUCUCUAUGGAAAGUAGGCUCAAAACUUUUGCUGCUAUUGUUUAAGGAACAGAAUGAAGAAAUGGUACGGUGGUGUUCUAAUUGCAUCCUUGUUUUUGUUGUUGGUGCUGAGAUAUGGUUUCUUGAAAAAUCCUAUUGGGGAAAGUUAUGUAACAAGUGCCGUCGCCUCUAAUGGAAGUAAUCCUCUGAAAUCGGUUCAUGCAGUUCCACCCGCAGUUCAAAAUCCUGACAGUGCUUCUCAAGUAAUUCCAAUUGAUACAAUAGCCUCUAGUCUCUAUGCUCAAAGGAAUUUAUCCAAGGAAGAGCGGCAAUCUUUGCAGACAUGGAAUCUCUUGAAAUACUUAAUUACUCAUUCUAUGGUUUUACCAAAUGGAGUAGAAGCUAUCAAGGAAGCUGGAAAUGCCUGGAAUAACCUUAUGGUGUCUGUUGAAGAGGAAAAAAUUGGUUAUGCCAAUGAAAGUUCAGCCACGAGAGCAAAAGAGAAACAAUGUCCGCAUUUCUUAAAUAAAAUGAAUGCCUCAGAUCUAGUCAACAGUGGUUUCAAGUUGCAGGUUCCUUGUGGACUGACUCAGGGUUCUUCUAUUACAAUUAUAGGCGUUCCGAAUGGUCUUCUUGGUAAUUUUCGGAUUGACUUAACCGGAGAAGCACUUCCAGGGGAGCCUGAUCCACCUAUUAUUCUGCAUUACAAUGUGAGGCUACAUGGUGAUAAGAUAACUGAGAAUCCUGUAAUUGUUCAAAACACCUGGACUUUAGCUCAUGAUUGGGGUGAAGAGGAGCGCUGCCCAUCUCCUUCUCCUGAAAAAAUUAUAAAAGUUGAUGAGUUGGAUCAGUGCAAUAAGUUAGUGGGCAAAGAUGAUAAGCGGUUUUCUAUGACUAGCAAUCAUUGGAACAGUUCUAGGAGGUCUUCAAUGGCUCAGGAAGGAUGUAAAACCAGAACAUAUUUUCCUUUUAAGCAAGGGAAUCCUUUUGUUGCCACAAUUAGAGUAGGGUCAGAGGGAAUACAAAUGACAGUUGAUGGAAAGCACAUAACGUCAUUUGCUUAUCGUGAAACUUUGGAGCCAUGGCUGGUUAAUGAAGUGAGGAUUUCUGGAGACCUGAAACUAAUUUCUGUCUUGGCCAGUGGUUUACCCACAUCAGAAGAUUCAGAGCAUACAAUUGAUUUAGAAGCACUAAAAUCUUCUCCUCUUUCUCAUCAUCAAGCAGUUGAUCUUUUCAUUGGAGUUUUCUCAACAGCAAACAAUUUUAAGCGAAGAAUGGCUGUCAGAAGAACAUGGAUGCAGUACCCUGCAGUGCGUUCAGGAGCAGUUGCAGUGCGCUUUUUUGUCGGUUUGCAUAAAAAUCAGAUAGUGAAUGGGGAACUCUGGAAAGAGGCACGGACAUAUGGAGACAUACAGCUUAUGCCUUUUGUUGACUACUAUAAUCUCAUCACGUGGAAAACUUUAGCCAUCUGCAUCUUUGGGACACAGGUUGUUUCAGCAAAGUUUGUCAUGAAGACAGAUGAUGAUGCAUUUGUCCGUGUGGAUGAAGUGAUGGCUUCUUUGAGCAGAAUCAAUGUGAAUUCUGGGUUGCUUUAUGGACUCAUCAAUGCAGAUUCCCGACCUCAUAGGAAUCCUGAUAGCAAGUGGUAUAUCAGCCCCGAGGAAUGGCGUGAAGAUGCUUAUCCCCCUUGGGCACAUGGUCCUGGGUAUGUUGUGUCUAGUGACAUAGCAAAGGCAGUCUACAAUAAAUACAAAAGAGGCCGUUUAAAGAUGUUUAAGUUAGAAGAUGUAGCAAUGGGCAUAUGGAUUGCAGAGAUGAAGAAAGAAGGGUUAAAAGUUAGGUAUGAGAAGGAAGAGAAGGUGUACAAUGAGGGGUGCAAGGAUGGUUAUAUUGUUGCUCAUUACCAAGGUCCUCGGGAAAUGCUGUGUUUGUGGCAAAAACUUCAGGAAGGAAAUGUUGCUCGAUGUUGUGGUGAAUGAUAAGUGUAGAGUAUUGUUCGUCAUCUUGGUUUAUUGUAGGUAAGAAUAUGAUGGAGAGGGGCGU